GGAGGCGCUGCUGUUGUCGUGAUGCACCGCGCCAGCAGCAGCCGUUCGAGCAAGCCGUCUUCCAGCCGGUCCAAAGCUAGCGGAUCCAGCUCCAGUUCGGCUCGAGGCCGCAGCUCGCACCGCUCGCGCUCGCGUUCGCGCUCCCGGUCUCCGCGGAGCCGCCGCCGGCACCGCUCGCGCUCCAGCGGACGCUCUUCGCGCCGGUCGCCGCCUUCGCGCCGCAGUAGUCGGAGACGCUCUCCAGGCAAGCGCUCUCACUCUCCAGGCAAGAGCUCUCACUCUCCGGGCAAGAGCUCUCACUCUCCGGGCAAGCGCUCUCACUCUCCGGGCAAGCGCUCUCACUCUCCGGGCAAGCGCUCUCACUCUCCGGGCAAACGCUCUCACUCUCCAGACAAACACUCUCCAAGUUUGAGUGAUGUGAACAGGGAUGACUUGGCUGAUGGUCCAAUAUUUAGCAGUGGCCUUCCACGUCCUCAAAGCAUUGAGCGAUAUUCCCCGAGCAAGGAAACUCCUGCUUCUCCUUUCAAUACAGGACAAGAUGAGGAUUAUCGCUUUAGAGACGAUUUCCUCCAUCAAUCAGACUAUAGCACCAGCUAUAACCAUCUACAAUAUCUCCCAAGGGAAACGGAAAGGUAUAGAAUGCUACUUGGGAAGCCAUCAGAGGAUACAGGGCAAGACCUGGAACUUCCUAAACAUGACAAAGAUGACAGACUGCUUAAGAUAGACAUAGAGCCUGAGGAUUUCUUGUCUGGGACAUGGAACUUCUGCAAACAAGAUCCUAGUAGGAGCCCAAGCCUGCCAUUUCACGAUGUGGAUUUACGUGUACUUGAAUAUACUGGGAGAAAAAGCAAAGAGGAGGAGCUGAGCAGAAAUUGCAGUCAAGACCCUGAACAUAAAUAUAUUUAUAGACCUAAUGAAAUAUCAGCAAUGCCCAAAAAAUCUAUUCUGAAGAAACACAGGGAUGAUCCUUCGGUGCAGCCUGAAGUCUUUUCUAGCAGUUCUGCCUCUCUCAAAGAGCCCCCUCUUCUUUCAGAUGAUCCUCCUUUUCCCCAGAGAACCAACAGCAUUGCUCCUUUUUCAACUGAGGAGGUGAAAUUCCUCAAACAGUUCAAUAAAAAUGCAGAUGUAGAACCUGCAAAUACAACAUCUGAAGGCAAUGUGCAUAAUUGGAAGCUGCAUUCUGGCCAAAAACAAAACAUUUCCCAUUAUAAACAGAAUUUUGGGAGCUUUUUGAAUCGGAGAGAGUGUCAUGAGUCCACAUCAGAGCCUGAAGACCAGCACAGUUACUUCUUGCUUCCUCAUGAAAGAGCCAGCCAGGAUGGGAAUGGCUUUUCAAACAUUCUGAGUAUGAAAACAGAUUCUACCAGCACUCAAGAGAAGAGAAGGAACAGCCUCCUUGAUGAUGUUGAGGCUGAAGAGAAGUUUCUUUAUGGUGAUAAUGGGGAUGACUCAAUUUUUAUUCAAAGGAUAACAUUGAGUGGUGAUAAAGAACAUGGAAGGAAGAAAAUAAACUCUCCUCCUGCUAGUCUAUCUGUAAAAUCAGACACUUUAGAAGAAUCCAGACCAGAGCAUGAGAAAAUUUAUGACUUGCUCAAAACUAUUGGUCUUGACAUUGGGGUGGCUGAAAUUGGUAAGCUUGCUGCCCGCACUCAGGAACGACUCCAUGGGAAGAAAGCAUCUCGUUCUCCUGAUCGUCGUUCAUUGGCUUCUCGUAAACCUAGGAAAGAAUCUAGGGAGUCUAAGGAAAGGCACUGCAGUAAAAGUGACACUCAUUCUCCAGAGUCAAGGUGGCACCACUCUCCCUCUCCUGAUUAUUUCCCACCAUCUAAAGAGAUGUCUCCUGCUUCACAUUCUAAGCACACUGAAAGCAAAAUUGUAAGGCAAGAUUAUCAUUUCCCACAAGAGCAAGCUGUUCCCAUGGCAUCUCCAAUUCCAUCUGCCCCACCUUGUCUUCCUCAUAUGUUUCCUGCUCCCAUAUAUCCCCAGUAUAGUGUUCCAUUCUAUUUACCAUUUGGUGCAACUCACCUGCCACAAAACUAUCCACCUCCCACAAUGCCCCCUCCUGGCUAUAAUCCAUAUGGACAGUAUUUCACUUAUGCAGCUUCUGGCUGGGCCACAUAUCCUACUCCCCAGCAGGCUGGUCCUGAAUUUCCAAAUGCACCUGAGUAUGGUCCUCCAACAGUGCCACCAAAUCAUUCAGUUUCCAACGUAAAAGUUAUUCAGACAAUUUCCACAACACGAAGGACUUGUGAUAUCAAAAGAAAGACAUCUAUGAUUGUUCAAACCCCUUUCUCUGCUCCUCAUUCCAAAUUGCUCCCUCAGCCUACCCCCAAAGGCGCUAAGGAAAUACCUGAUGAUAGAAAUCGAGCUGCUCAGAAACAGAAGGUAUUGGAGGAAAGAGGGAAAUUGAAGGCUGAACAAGAAGCACGACAGAAGAAACUGCAUUAUCUGACAGUUGAGUUAAACAGACUUACAAAACAGGAAGGGGAGAUGAUGCGGAAGAUGCGUAAGGCAAAAGAUCCCUUGCUGAUGGAAGUGAACCAACUACGAGAGAAGAUAGCAAAGGAAGUUGCUCAGCUGCAGAUGCAUUCUGAUGCGGCAGAGAAAAAACAAUCUGAGCUUGAUAAGGUAGCUCUGAUCCUGGGGAUUAACAUUUUUGAGAAACCCCGGAAGCAGUCUUCUGGAAAUAAAGACUCAUCAGAAAAAGACAAGUCAGAAAAUGGAAAAAAAUGAGGAGAUAACUUGCAACUCAAUCCAGUUGGAUACUUCAGUUGGAGAAGAUGACCUCAUUGCGGACAGAUGCUGCCCUGCAACCCUGGAAGAAUAACAUCAGAGAAUCCUGCAGAAAAAUGAAAAGAGGGACAAAUAGUAUAGGGACAUGAAUACUUACCAGAUAUCUGGAGAGACUUCGGGGAGGGGUGUUAUGAUUAUGUUUAUUUGUCUAGUUAUAUUUUGUUAUAUGUAUAUGAAAACCAAUAAAAAGUACUUAUAGAAAAAGCAGUGGAGAAAGAGGAAUUUGAUACAGUAGAAUGGAGAUUUUUCUUUUAUGAACUGAAAGUAUUUGGUUUUAUACUCCAAUUCUUAACUUGGAUUUGCUGAAAGAUGAGGAAGUGUGACCCUGUUGAUUAUAUUGAUGUGAUUCCAGAGGCAAGGCUUUUUGUGAACAAGGACAUUGUUUUUCCUUUUUAGACUGGAACUAAAAGUUACCAUCCAUACCAUGUCAAACUUUUGUGUUCAUUUUAUUUGAUCACUCUAUUUCCAGCCUAUACCAGUGGGUGGAUCAUGCCAAGAUGUGUUUGGAACAAAACAAUUCACACUUUGCACCACAUCCAUCAUAUCUAUCACUUCCCUUUUCCACUCAUGUGUUUCCUGACCACGAAUGCAUGUAUUUCAUAGACCUGCAUGUGCUUAAAAAAAAUAAAUUAAAAAUUGGAAUGCUGGUAUUUCAGAACUUUGACUUCUGAUUGGCCACAGUCAGUUCUCCUUUUCCAACUGUACUUCAUUUCUAAUCACAAUAAUUUGUAUUGUGUGAUUGAAAAACAGCCUAUGUCUUCUGUACAAUGACACAUGCACACAAUGUAACUGGCAAAUACCUCCUUUUACUAAAAGUUGGAACAUUUAUUAUGGUCAUUCAUUAUAAAGUGCUAACAGAAUUGCUGGAAACCUUAAAUUGCAAUUUUUCAAAAAAUAAAUAAUAGAGCUGCAGAAAUUUGUCCAUAUACACUGUGCAAAGGUCUUUAGUAAAGAGAUCUCUGCAACAUUAUAAAAGUAGUAACAUGCCUGGCAGUAAUGGAAAGAAACAAAAUUGCAUGGAUAGUGUGAUCAGGGGAGAGCAGAAGAGAAGAGCUGUGAUUAAAGGAUAGCUUUCUGGAAUUGUCAUUUACCCAAAUCAAAACCAUAGCCAAAUAAUCGUAAAGGGUAAAAGAGCAAAGAUAUGGUGUGCCUGGUAAUUGAGAUGUAACCCAUGGAUGUGAAACUUGUAGCCUUCCAGAUGACGUUAGCCUUGCCAUCAGCCCCAGCCAGCAUGGGCAAUGAUCAGAGAUUAUGAAAGUUGUAGUUCAACAUCAUCUGGAGGGCUAAAUGUUCAGUUUGGGGGGUAGCAGUUGUGCAUGGGUUCCUAGGUGUUUGAAGGUAUAGGAGACAGAAUGGAUUGGAGAAAUGUGAUUGAGAGAAGAGAGCUACUAGCAAUUCAAAGAAGGAGUUCAGGUUCUAAUGUUUUUUUGAGAGUCCAUACUCAAAUAAGUAAGAGAGGUCAGUGCCCAUAUUCUCAAACAACCAAAAGAAGGGCUUAUAUUUUCUGGCGAUCUAGGAUGAAGGCACUUCUAAAGGUGAUUAUUUUGAACCCCAAGAUUGCUCUUCUCUCAAUUUUUGCUGCGGAUGCCCAGGACCUUACUCAAAUGGAUCUUCUUAUCUGCCUUAUCGUGGCAGCACAGCUUACCAUUGCUAGACACUGGAGAACUUCAAAUGCUGGCCUGUUUGAAGUGUGGUUCAUGCAAGCUUGGGACUUAAUUUUAAUAGAAAAGGCAACAACAACUUCAAGACCUGAGGAACAAUACUAAAUCAAAUAUACAACAUGGUUUUGGUUUUUUUGUAUGCUUUGACAACAGAACAUGACUACAGACCACCUACAGCUCAUGAAGAUUUAUGGAAGGACACUUUUAUUUGACGGGAAAUAUUUACAUGAUACUGAAUUACUUUGAAAUGAGACUGUGCUCUGGUGAGGGUGUGGGUCUUUAUAUCUUUUCUUACGUUGCUCAAACGGGAAAGAAACAAGUCAUUUAAAUAAACCCAGAACUUCCUACGUCUUUACCCUGCCCCCAGCAUCGACCAUGAUGAUCAGUCUCACUGGAGUCGAUUUUCAGUCUCUAGCUGUACUGGCCAGUCAGCUGCAAGGUGUAUAUGCAUGCAUCCAGUCAGCAAUCACUGUGCUGCUAGGUCCCACCUUGAUCUGCAGCUCACAGUUUUUUCAAGCAAUUCCUUCUCUUGGAGAAUGAGCUUUUAGCAAUUUCCAUUGAAAAUAGCCUGAGAGGACAUUCAUCCCUCACCCAGAGUUUCCUUGUGAUUGGCAACAUUAGCCAAUCAGAAGUCAUCAGGACACAGCCAUUUGCAUGGCAGAGAGGUGCUUCUAACUGAUGCCCCCAACCAACCCUGUACUUGCUGUGAAACCUCAGCUUUCUCCAGUUCUUGUGUGCUGCCCCCUAAUUGGGUCCUGACUCAGUCACACCUCUUUGGGCUGUGGUGGAGCAAGAGCAAAGCUGGAUUGCUCAGCUACCUCCAGAGAAGCAGGCAGCCAGAGGUAUCGCAGCAAGGGGGAAAUCCCUCUUGCUUUUACAGUCCUCUUUGUAGCAAACCUUUUGAGUUCUCAAUCAGGCUGGAUGUUACACAAAAAGUGAGGGGACACUGAUGAAAAAACAACAAUAGCAUGUUGCCACUUUCUGAUGUGUCAUUGAAUAUUUAGUUAAAGUGUUACAUGCGUUUAAGAGGUCUCAAAGGAGGGGGCAUUGGUUUCUUGAUCCUCUACUUGAUAAUGAAUAUGUUGGCAGGCAUAUAAUUUGCUGAGCUAUUCCUCAUUUCUGUAAUGGAUGUAUAUAUUUUGUUUUGGUGUGCUCAAUAAACAUCAUUUCUGUCUUGGAAAA